UUCCUUCCUACCUCUUUCAUGCUUGCUGGUGCGGCCUCUCCCCCUCUGUCCUCCGCUCAAGUGUGACGGGAUCUGGCUUCUGUGGCCUCUGCCCAGCCCCAGUAGGUGGGAGCCUUGAGGAAGAGGAAAUGUCUCCUGUGCUGACAGCCAGGCCUGGACAGAAAUCAGUCACAUUCAAGGAUGUGACUGUGGACUUCACCCAGGAGGAGUGGGUACAAUUGAACCCAUCUCAGAAAAAGUUGUACAGGAAUGUGAUGCUGGAGAACUAUAGGAACUUGGUCUCUUUGGAGAGCAGAGAAUUUACUGGAGAUAAACCUCUUGAAUGUAAUGAAUGUGGGAAGGCCUUCACUUGCAAGACAAAUCUUAUUCAACAUCAGAUGACUCAUGCUGGAGACAAUCCUUAUGAAUGUAGUGAAUGUGUGGAGACCUUCAGGAGUAAGAGACUACUUUCUUUGCACCAGAGAAUUCAUACUGGGAAGAUGCUUUAUGAAUGUAAGGAGUGUGGGAAGGCUUUCCUCCACAACUCAGACUUUAUUCAACAUCAAAGAAUUCACACUGGAGAGAAACCUUAUGAGUGUAGUGAAUGUGGAAAGGCCUUCAUUUGGAAGUCAAAAUUUACACAACAUAAGAGAAUUCAUACUGGAGAGAAACCUUAUAAAUGUAGUGAGUGUGGGAAGGCCUUUGCUUGCAAGACAAAUCUUAAUCGACAUCAAAUAAUUCAUGCUGGAGACAAUCCUUAUGAAUGUAGUGAAUGUAUGGAGACCUUCAGGAGUAAGAGAUUACUUUCUUUGCACCAGAGAAUUCAUACUGGGAAGAUGCUUUAUGAAUGUAAGGAGUGUGGGAAGGCUUUCCUCUACAACUCAGACUUUAUUAAACAUCAAAGAAUUCACACUGGAGAGAAACCUUAUGAGUGUGGUGACUGUGGAAAGGCCUUCAAGAUGAAGUCAAAUUUUACACUGCAUCAGAGAAUUCAUACUGGAGAGAAGCCUUACGAAUGUAGUGAAUGUAGGAAGGCCUUUAGGGUUAAGAGACAACUUUCACUGCAUCAGAGAAUUCAUACUGGGGAGAAACCUUACAAAUGUAGUGAAUGUGAGAAGGCCUUCACUUGCAAGACAAAUCUUAUUCGACAUCAGAUAAUUCAUGCUGGAGAUAAUCCUUAUGAAUGUAGUAAAUGUAUGGAGACCUUCAGGAGUAAGAGACUACUUUCUUUGCACCAGAGAAUUCAUACUGGGAAGAUGCUUUAUGAAUGUAAAGAGUGUGGGAAGGCUUUCCUCUACAACUCAGACUUUGUUAAACAUCAAAGAAUUCACACUGGAGAGAAACCUUAUGAGUGUAGUGAAUGUGGAAAGGCCUUCAAGAGGAAGGUACAUCUUACUGUGCAUCAGGGAAUACAUACUGGAGAGAAACAUUAUGAAUGUAGUGAAUGUGGGAAGGCCUUCAUUUGGAAAUCACAAUUUGCACUGCAUCAGAGAAUUCAUACUAGAGAGAAGCCUUAUGAAUGUAGUGAAUGUGGGAAGGCCUUCAUUUGGAAGUCACAGUUUACACUGCAUCAGAGAAUUCACACUGGGGAGAAACCUUAUAAAUGUAGUGAAUGUGGGAAGGCCUUCACUUGCAAGAGAAAUCUUAAUCAACAUCAGAUAAUUCAUGCUGGAGAUAAAUCCUUAUGAAUAUAGUGAAUGUAUGGAGACCUUCAGGAGUAAGAGACUAAUUUUCUUUGCACCAGGAAAUUCAUACUGGGAAGUUGUUUUAUGAAUGUAAAGAGUGUGGAAGGCUUUCCUCUACAACUCAGACUUUAUUGAACAUCAAAGAAUUCACACUGAAGAGAAACCUUAUGAAUGUAGUAAAUGUGGGAAGGCCUUCAUUCGGAAGUCAAAAUUUAUACUACAUCAGAGAAUUCAUAUUGUAGAGAAACCUUCCAAAUAUAGUGAGUAUGGGGAUGCCUUCAGGAGGAAGGCACAACUUACUCUGCAUCAGAGAAUUCAUACUGGAGAGAUUCUUUAUGAAUGUAAGGAGUGUGGCAGGGCUUUCCCUGGCAACUCAGAACUUACUCGACAUCGAAAAAUCCAUACUGAAGAGAAACCUUAUGAAUGUGAUGAAUGUGGGAAGAACUUUAGAGUGAGGAUACGACUUAUUCAGCACCAAAAUAUUCAUUCAAGAGAGAAAUAUUAAGAUUAUAAUGCAUGUAGGAAGGCCUAAAGACUGAGGACACUACUUUAUGUCCAUCAGAGUAUUCAUCCUGAUGAGAUUCCUCAUGAAUGUGAGGAGUGUGGGAAGGCCUUCCAUUGCUAUUCAGAUCUUAUUAAACAUCAAAAAUUCAUGCUGGAGAAAAACCUUAUGUAUGUAGUGAAUGUGGGAAAGCCUAAUUCAUACCUUAUGAAUGUAAUGUACCUGAAUGUAGAUCUUAUACUACAUCAGACCAUUCAUACUGGAUAGAGACCUUACGAAUGCAGCGAAUGCGAGAAGACUUUUCAGCAUGAAGACAGAACUUGCUCAGCAUCAAAGAAUUCUAGAGAGAAACCUUUUGAGUUCGGGAAGACCUUUAGAACUAAGGAUCCUACUUUAUGUCCAUUAGAUAAUUCAUAAUAGAGUCAUUCUUCAUGAAUAUAUAAACAGUGUGGGAAGAUCCCCCAACUGACUAGACUGUGAUUCUGAGUCCCUAGAUGUAGCUCAGAAAGUCUUUGGGCUCCAUGGGAGAAGAAGAUAGCCCUCCCCUCUGCAAAGGCCUCAAAGGGGUAAAAAUUUAGUGUUCUCUUCCCACAGGCUUUCAGGGAGGGAGAGAUUAUGCUGGCUGAGCCAGAGAUUACUAAGUGGAGGGUGGUAUUGGAGCGCCUUAGCCUUAACUUUGAUCCCUAAAGAUAUGGCAUGCAAGAUGCUUGGUGAUGACUUCUUGGCCAUGAGAUGAGCCUUAUCUUAUGUGUGAUGAAUAAUUGUUGAUGGUGCUUAAGCUCCCCACUGUGACUUCAUAAGGAUGAAAUCAUAGGUCUAGAACAAAACACACACCUGGACAGUCUCCAUUCAAAUAUGUUCUCUAUGCAGUUAGCAAAUUGAUAAUAAUCUGAGCUGUGUUCCUGAUGUUGCUGGUGCUACUUCUGCUCUCACUCAUUUGGGUAACCACUGUGGACCGUGAAGGUUUGGAAUCACUUUAAUUAAAAGUGUCACAAAGGCCUGUGGCAGGUGUUGAUGUAAUGUGAUUUCUGCCCAGUGCUCUGAAUGACAAAGGGAAGAAGUUCAUUGAAGUGCAGGUAAACAAUAGGAUUAACUGUGACCUUAUGGUAACCAAAUGCCUUGUCAUCCAACUAGUGACACACAUGAAAAAAUGAGUAAGAUUUCCAGUAUGGUUAAGAAUAUAAACAGGGAGUUUUAAAUGAAGAAAUCAAAGCUAUCAAUAAUAAAUCUCUAAAUCACUUGAUUAGAGAAAUGCACAUGAAAACAAAUUUGAGGUAACAGCUCACACUACCUCAGAUUGGCCAACAUGUUAGAAAAGGAAAAUGACAAAUUCUGGAGUGGAUGUAGAAAAAUAAGAACACUAAUGCACAAUUCAGAACUGGUCCAACCAUUCUGGAGAACAAUUUGGAACUGUGCCCAAAGGGCUAUAAAACUGCUUAGUCUUUGACAUAGCAGUAUCACUCUUAAGUCUGUAUUCCAAACAGAUGAAAGAAAAAGGCAAAGGACC